AGUCUUUUUCAUAAACUAUAAUAUCUUGUAGGUUUUUAAUAUAUGUGGAUGAUCACAUGGUUUCCUAAGAUUAUUAGUUUCUAGUUGACAUUUAAUGAUCACUUGAUAAAGCAAAGGAAAGAGCUCGUGUGAGCAAUAUUUGUUGGUUGGGUCUUAUUUUCAGUAAGCAAGCUUUGUGUGAUCAACACAAUAUUCUCGAAACUCUAGUUUAUGAUUUAAAUCUUGAAUGAUUCCACCUGCUCCACUGCUUUUUCCCUUUUUAAAAAAAAUGAAAAUAUCAUUUCUUCCUUAUUACUUAUCCUUUUUUUAUUCUCAUCAGUUUCUAUGAAUUUCGCUUGAUGCAGCUCUUGUAAUAUCUAAAUCCGUAUCUGAAUAAUGGGAGAAGAUACUGGAAAUGGGAUUUCAGCUGAUGCUCGAUCGGCUGAGGAAUUGUUAUCCUAUGCUAAAAAGCUUGUUCCCAUGGCACUUGUUAAGGCAAGGGAGGUGAAGGGGUUCCUUGGUAGGUUGAAGAUGAUAAUUUCCAAAUUGGAACAGAUCACAUCGUUCUUAUCGGACUUGUCGAGCCAUCCUUUAUUCUCGAGAAAUGCUCUUUGUAAGGAGCAAUUGCAGGUUUUAUCGAAAACAUUGAAGGAAGCAAUUGAGUUGGCAGAUUUAUGUCUAAAGGAGAAGGUUGAGGGAAAGCUUAAGAUGCAGAGUGAUCUUGAUGCACUAUCGGGGAAAUUGGAUCUGAAUUUACGGGAUAUCGGAUUUCUUAUCAAGACUGGUGUACUUGGUGAAGUUACUUUGCCUUUAUCUUCUGUCGGUUCUUCAUUGGAGUCGGAGACCACAGCACGUUGCCAUCUUAAGGAAUUGUUUGCACGGCUUCAGAUUGGGCACUUGGAAGCAAAGCACAAAGCUGUGGACAACCUUGUUGAGGUCAUGAAGGAGGAUGAAAAGAGUGUGUUGUCUCUUAUGGGACGGAGUAAUGUCACUGCUCUUAUCCAGCUGUUAACAGCAAAUUCACCUGGUAUCCGGGAAAAGACAGCGUCUGUAAUCUGCUCGCUUGCAGAAUCUGGGAGUUGUGAGUGCUGGCUUGUUUCAGAAGGUGUUUUGCCGCCUCUCAUAAGGCUGGUCGAAUCCGGCAGCACUGUUGGUAGAGAGAAGGCAACAAUUUCACUGCAGAGAUUAUCGAUGACUGAAGAAACAGCCCGUGCAAUUGUUGGCCAUGGUGGGGUUCCACCUCUAAUUGAAAUUUGCCAGGUUGGAGACUCCGUUUCACAGGCGGCGGCUGCUUGUACUUUAAAAAACAUAUCAUCUGUUCCCGAUAUUAGACAAAUACUAGCUGAGGAAGGAAUAAUAAAGGUCAUGAUCAAUCUCCUCGACUGCGGAAUUUUGUUGGGCUCCAAAGAAUAUGCUGCAGAGUGCUUGCAGAAUCUAACUGCCAGCAACAAGAAUCUGAGGUCUGUCAUAUCCGAAGGUGGAAUCCGAAGUCUAUUGGUAUACCUUGAUGGUCCUUUGCCCCAGGAAUCUCCGGUUGCAGCCUUGAGGAAUUUGGUUGGUUCGGUUUCUACUGAAGUCCUGAUGUCACUUAAUUUCCUCCCUCGAUUAGUUCACGUGCUUAAAUCCGGAUCAUUAGGAGCACAACAAGCUGCUGCAUCAGCCAUCUGCCAAGUUUGCAGUUCGAGUGAAAUGAAAAAACUGGUGGGUGAAGCUGGCUGCAUCACUUUUCUCAUCAGAAUUCUCGAAGCUAAAUCAAACAGUGCGAGAGAGGUAGCUGCUCAAUCCCUAUCAAGCUUAGUAACCAUCUCUCAUAAUUGCAGAGAAGUAAAAAAGGAUGAUAAAAGCGUGCCGAAUCUGGUUCAGUUGCUUGAUCCAAGCCCCCAAAACACUGCAAAGAAGUAUGCAGUUUCAUGCUUAUCAUCUCUCUCGUCGAGUAAGAAAUGCAAAAAGCUCAUGAUAUCAUAUGGAGCAAUCGGGUAUCUCAAGAAGCUUUCAGAAAUGGAAAUCACCGGUGCCAAGAAGCUACUCGAGAGGUUAGAAAAAGGAAAGCUUAAAAAUUUGUUUAUCCGAAAAUAGGAGAAGAAGAAAACUAUCUCCUUCUGUAUAAUAAAAACCUUCAUCU